AUGGAGGCCGGGUCAGGGAGGCCGGUGCCGGGCGUUGGGGAUGCGGAGGCGGGGGCGUCGUCGAGGGGUUGUUCGGGGGGUCCCCCCCGCCUGCCGUCGGAGGCCCCGAGCCGCCAGUGGGGGCUGAACGUGCUGUGCUGGGGCCUGUCCCUGACGCUGGGCUGGGCCGUGCACGCCCGCAGCCUGCCGCACCACCACCUGCUCCACGCCCUGCACGCCCUCAUGGCCCUGCAGCUCCUCUGGAUGGGCUGGCACCUCUGGGCAGGCCCUCACGGACCCCGGGCCCGGGCCCGGGCCCGGACCCCGGACCGGGCCGCAGACCGGGCCGCAGACCGGGCCCCGGAACAGGCCUCAGAUCGGGCCUCAGACCGGGACGCAGACCGGGCCGCAGACCAGGCCUCGACGCCAGACGACGCCCACGCCGACACCCGCUGGCUCAGGGUUCACUGGUCAGUGGCCAAAAAGGCAGGCUUUUGGGUACAUGUCGGUAUCUUUAGGGAUUUAUGCCGUUACAGAGCGUUAACACAUGUCGCAUGUGAUUCAGUUACCUCGGCCUGUCCUGAACGGUACAAUGUCUUUAAAGAUUCGAGAGAAAUGGCCUUUGGAGAUCCCUCUUCGUGUUUGGUCGAGUAUAAUUCUGAAGGAAUUUCCCUGCCAAUUAACACGUUGUUCUUUUUGUCUUGUUCAGGGAGCAUUACAUUAUUUGCCAUUAUUACUCUCAUUCUGGGAUCCUUUAAAAUUGGCUACUUUAUUGGAUUUUCAGAAUGCUUAUCAGCCACGGAAGGUGUUUUUCCGGUUAUACACGCUAUACAUACCGUGUUCCAGGUCUAUUUCCUUUGGAAUCAUGCCAAGGAUAUCAUUCAAUCUUUCAAAACGCUUGAAAGGUUUGGGGUGAUCCAUUCGGUGUUUACCAACUUGCUCCUGUGGGCUAACGGAGUGUUGGCCGAGUCAAAGCAUCAGCUUAAUGAACACAAGGAAAGGCUCAUUACGCUGGGGUUUGGAAACAUAACGAUAGUUCUAGAUAAUCACACUCCCCAGUGCAACUGUUCAUCCGCCACCAUCUGCUCCAUAUUCUCUCAAGGGAUUUACUACCUCUACCCUUUCAACAUAGAAUACCACAUCUUGGCCUCCACGAUGCUCUACGUCCUGUGGAAGAAUAUCGGGCGCCAAGUGGAAAGCCAACAGCCCCAGAAAGUCCAGUUCAAGUUUCACGGCGUGAUCGCCGGCCCGGCCCUCGGGUUGGCCGUGCUGACCUCCACCAUCUCCAUCGUGGUCGUCUACCUGAUCCGGAUCGGCCGGUCCCGGAGCCAGAGCGAGUCGGCCCUGAUCAUGUUUUAUUUGCACGCGAUCGCCUCGCUGCUUCUGAUGGCGGGGGCCGGGCUGGCCGGCAUCCGGAUUUCCAGGAUGGAGGCCCGGUCCCCGGACGAUUCCAAGAAUCCCGCUCGGCAGCUGGACGCCCACCUCCUGGUGGGGGCGGCUUCGGGAUCCUGGCUCAUCUCCUGGGGCUCCAUCUUGGCGGUCAUCUGCGCCGAGACCCGCCCCGUCUACACCUGGUACAGUCUGCCCUAUUCCAUUCUGGUUGUCCUGGAGAAAUAUAUCCAGAAUCUUUUCAUCAUUGAGGCCAUCCACCGCAAGCCGGGAAAAUCGGAGGGGGACAGUGGGGCUCUUCCAAUAGUCACGGUGUCCAAUGGAAACCCCGCGUCGCUUUCUUCUCCCUGCUCCGGACGACCCCGUGGAGAUGGGGAGUGGGAUGCGGAGGCGCCCGCAGAUGCAGGAGAGCCCCCUCCUCAGAGGCCCGGCCUGAGCCAAGACCGCCGAGGAGACGGGAAAGGUGACGGGCGGGUGAACGGCCCCAUGGCGGCUUUGACCCCGGACUUUUCCGGCUGUGUUGUGAAUUCCCAGCGGGCCAACGGCAAGAAAGGCACCCUGAGGAACAUUGCGGCAUUUUUGUUCCUCUGUAACAUUUCGCUCUGGAUUCCCCCAGCUUUUGGAUGCCGCCCGGAAUACGAUAACGGAUUGGAAGAGAUUGUUUUUGGCUUUGAACCUUGGAUAAUAGUUGUUAACCUGGCCAUGCCGUUUUCCAUUUUCUACCGGAUGCAUUCCGCUGCCUCACUCUUUGAGGUCUAUUGUAAAAUAUAA